AUGGCACAAAGAAAGGUUUUCUCUCAUUUUUUGAAUACAAUCACAAAACUAGACAAUUUAAUCCAUCGUCUUGAAACAAACGUCGGAAAAGUUCACUCAGUUUCACCCUUCUCAUAAAUUUUAGAUAUAAAAUAAUAAACAGAAGAAUAAAACACUUCAAGCAAAAUCACCACUCCAGAAAUUAAUUAAGCAAAACCUGCAAUGGACACCAAGCCUGUUGAAAAUAAACCCGAAGAAGAAAAGCCUAAGGUUGAAGCCAAGAAGUCUGAACUUAAGCCUCCCACUGAUGCUGACUUCUAACAAGUUGACAUUAGAGUUGGUAAGAUCGUUGAAUGCUGGAAGCAUCCCGAAAGUGAAAACUUAUACUGCGAAAAGAUCGAUAUUGGUACCGAAGUUAGAUAAAUCGCUUCUGGAUUAUAAAAGUUUGUUCCUAUUGAAAAUAUGAGUGGAUUAGUUCUCGUUAUGGCCAACCUUAAGGCUAGAAAGAUUGCAGGAUUUGAAUCUAAUGGUAUGGUUCUCUGUGCUUCCAACCCUGAACACACCUAAGUUGAACUCUUGAGACCUCCUGCUGAUGCUAAGGUUGGUGAAAGAGUUUUCUUAGAAGGACAACUUGAAAAGUUCCCUCAAGAAAUGUAACCCGUCCUUAAUCCCAAGAAGAAGAUUUUUGAAACUGUUGUUCCUGGAUUAAAGACCGAUGCAGAACUUAAUGCUACCUUUGAAGGAAAGAAGUGGAUGACCAGUGCAGGUCUCAUUAAGGCUCAAUCCCUUGCUAAUUGCCAUAUCUCUUGA